CUUUUUUCCUCUCUGGUCUUGUCCAUUCUCGAAUCCUGAUCAAGUCUAUCCAUUCGACGAUCGCGCCAUCAUGAAGUGUUUUACUGGCGAUGAAAGCGGUUUGGUGAAAUCCAUUAUUAUUCUUCCCAAAGUUGAAAAGCCAAAGAAGCGAGCAAAGCGUCAAGAUCAGGAACAGGUCGAUAAAGAGAAAAAGGAAGUAGCACCGGAAUUCAUUGUAAAUGUAUUUGGCAAAGUCAACAAGGAAGAAGCGGUUCAAAAAUUGGCAUGGGCAGUCAUUGAUGGCCAGAAACAAUUGGUGGUAGCGAGAAAAAGCGGCAAAGUACAAUUUAUGUGUCCCGACACUGGCAAGAUCUUGAAGGAAUUUCACGACCCUCGUGUGGGCACCGGUGACGAGAAACAGCAGAGCAACUUUGUCGGUGUUCACGUCGCUGACAACCAUCUUGCUACAUGCUCCUCCACCGGCGAUUUCUCUUACACCCCUCUUUCCUCCUCCUCGACUACAACGACCCACGUUGCCAAGCUAGGCUCCAAUCUCAGCAUCAUGCGAUUCCACCCCACCAAACCAUAUUUAUUUGCUGUGGGGGGCAAGGAUCACGACCUGUGCGUGUACGAUGUCCUAGUGUUGACCGGCAAAAAAGCCCCUGAACCUGAUGCGGCUACUGAGAAGACAAUCAAUACGGCGAAAUAUAAACGUGAAAAGCCCAAAGCAAAAGGACUCGUAUUCCAAGCUAAAAACGUUAAAAAUGACCACCUUGAUCUUCAAGUGCCAGUGUGGAUCCGUGAUCUGCAGUUUGUAAAUGAAGAAGGAACCGAAGUAGCUGUUGCCACUCAGUAUCAUCAGAUUCGAUUAUAUCACAGCGAGAAAGGCCGAAGACCGGUACUAAAUAAGGAAAUCGGCAAAGUUCCGAUCAUCUCUCUCAACAUUGGCAAAGACUAUCGUCAUGUUAUUUUUACCGAUACAACAAGUACAAUGGGUGCUUUAGAUCUUGACAAAGGCGAGGUCGUUGGACGCUUCAAAGGUCUUAGUGGUGCCGUUACCGAUACGCAAGUUACCCCGCAUCCUUCGCUGGAUCGUCCCUCCUCUGCUACUACUACUACUGCGCCCUUGCUCGCUAGUGUUUCUUUGGAUCGUUUCCUCCGCGUUCACGAAAUGACCACUGUCCAUCGACAGUUGCAACAUAAAGUGUACUUGAAACAAAGACUCACCGCCGUCAUCAUCGAUGAUGAUUAUCAACUCCCGGUUCCAGAAGCGCAGGCCGAAGAAGACAAGGAAGACGACUCAAUGUGGGAAGCCAUGGAGAAAGUCGACGAUAAAGGCGCCAAGAGAAAGCGAGCAUAAAAGGUGGAUGGUAGAAACAGAAAGAUCCAAAAAAAAAGACCCAUUUCAUUCAUUGUGCAACAAAUUCAUCCAAAUAUUUCGACAAGCAUUUCAAGAACGACAACAACAACGACAAUAAUAAUAAAAAAAAUGUCAAAAAUCAUGCCACUUUUUUUGGGGGGAAUAAA